CUAGAACUUUUUAAGAGAAUCACAGAAGGUGCAAAGUGUUUUCCAUCUAAGCACUAAGGGAUAUGAAAACUGAGCCUGGACUUUCUUAUCAUUUAAGCCUUUAACGAUACAAUGAAUGUCGGGGUCGGUGUAGGCGAUUUUAUAAAAAUCCUAGAGCUUGUUAUUAAAGCCCGGAAGAGAUUUGUGGAUGCUCCUCGCCAGUAUGAUGCAAUAUCAAAAGAUCUCAGGAACUUUUCCAUCGUCAUCCAAGAUAUGAACAUCCUUUUAUCGGGAUGGAAACCUGCGAUCAAGGAGCGAGAAAAACUCCAAACAAUCAGUGACGACUCUAUCUGUCUUUUGAAUGAUCUUCUCGCGAGACUUGACAAGUAUCGAGAAAUUGGAACUAGCAGUAAGAGCAUGGCACAGCGUGCGAAGAAAGCCUGGAAAAGAUUGAACUGGGACCAGGACGACGUUCAAGACUUUCGAGGACGGUUGUCGCUCAAUCUUGACCUACUCAAUUCUAUUGAGAGGCAGCUAUAUAGUCAAAGGUCCUCCGGGAUGGAACAAGAAAUCCAUUAUGUCACCGGGCGAGUAAAUCAGCAGCAGCGAUCUGAGAUCCUCAAUUGGUUUGGAACUUGUGACCAUGGAUCACGACAAAGCUCCUUAUUUGACCAACACGAAGAAGGAACUUGUGAAUGGUUUCUCGCUUCUGGCGAGUUCCAGGAAUGGAUCAAAACUAAAGACGGGAUGUUAUUCUGUCCAGGCCUUCCAGGAGUAGGGAAGACAGUCCUAGUCUCCAUUGUGAUCCAGCAUCUUCUAAACCUCUUCGACGAUGACAAUAGCACUGGCAUAGCUUAUCACUACUGCGACUUCAGGCACCAAGACCACGAAACUGUCAAUCUUAUUCUCUCAAGUAUCCUCAAGCAGCUUGUCCAGUGUUUGGGCUCUGUACCAGACGCAAUGAGCACUUUAUACAGCAAGCACAAGGACAAGGACACGCGACCUUCGCUCAGAGAAAUUACAAGUACAUUGAAGACUGUGGCGUGUCUGAGUUCUCGAACUUUUAUAGUUAUUGACGGUCUUGAUGAGUGUCUUGUGUGGAGGGACCUUAUGGCUCAGCUCAGAGACUUGCAGGGAGUGAAUAUCUUGGCGACCUCUCGGGCUAUCCCUGAGAUUGCCAACGACAGACGGUUGAAAGGGAGCAGGGUACUAGAAGUACAGGCCAGAGAUACCGAUGUUCGUAAAUACCUCGAUAGGAACAUGACGAAGCUUGGUAUAUUCGCCAGGCACGAUGAGCAGCUUCAGGGGGAUAUCUGCAAAGCGAUCUUAAGAGCGAGCGGAGGGAUGUUCCUUCUUGCUCGCCUACAUCUCGACUCUCUAGCAAGUAAAAUGUCUGUCAAGAGGCUCAGGGACGCACUCACCACCUUGCCCACUGGUGUAUCAGCAUACGAUGAAGCCUAUCAGGAUGCAAUGAAAAGAAUAGAGAGGCAGCACCCAGAACGAACAGCAGUCGCUAAAGAUGUUCUGGCAUGGCUUACAUUUGCAAAAAGACCACUCAACAUCGAAGAGCUCCGAACAGCGGUUAUUGUCCAGGAAACAGAUUCAGAUAUUGAUGCGGACAGAUUAAUGGACAUCGAAGACAUGGUCUCUGUCUGUGCGGGCUUGGUGGCGAUAGAUGAGCAGAACGACAGGGUUACUCUAAUUCAUUACACGACGGGAGAUUACUUGAAGCGGACAUGGGCAAACUGGCACCCGAAUGCAGACACUGUAAUUGCGACGUCAUGCUUUACCUAUCUUUUGUUCCCUGUCUUUGACAUCGAGUUCUCAGAGAUGGACGAAUAUCUACAACGUCAAAAAUCUGGGAGACAGGUUUAUCCGCUGCUGGACUACUCGCUGGACCACGGUGCGCUGCAUGCCCACCUCGCUGUUACCAAGCCCCCCUCCGUCGCUAGGUUUCUAUCUUCAGAUUCAAGAGUUACCAAGAACUGGCUACUACUGAAAGCAAAGUAUGGGGAAAAUCAAGGAGAAGAUACUGCUGAAUGGCUCAUAGAGCAAGGCGUGUGCACCGAUGUACGGGAUUCGGAAGGGAGAACCCCUUUGCAUUAUGCUGUGCUUAACGGCUGGGUACGAUGUGUUCAGCUUUUGCUGAAAAGAGGAGCUAUUGUGGACUCAGAUGUCGAGAACAUGACUCCUUUGCACUACACAGUCAAGACUGGUAACGAAGCGAUUGCCCGAACCUUCCUCAGCGCCGGAAUGGCAGUAGAUACGUCAGUGGCGAGACAGACACACAUACCCACUUAUCAAGAGGACAAAGUGGUGUAUGUUACAAGAGAUAGUGAGCACAUUCUUGUCCGAAAACCCUGCACAGAGCAAGGCUUAACUCCCUUACACCUUGCUGCCUUAACCGGGAGCCAAAAGAUGACGAAGUUCCUUCUGGAUCAUGGAGCGAACUCAAACUUUCCUUCGGACAGUGGUGCCAAUAUCUCGUUGCGCACAAAAGAGAACAGGACGCCGUUACAUUUCGCCGUUGUUAACGAGAACACGGAUGUUGUUUCCAUUCUUCUUAAGCUUGGGGCAGAUCCCAUGGCUGAGGAUGUCGACGGACUUAAUGCUUUGCAUUAUGCGGCACAGAAA